AUGUCAGACGUAACUCCCACGCCAUCAAGAACUACAACGCCCCAGACAGACCCUCCAACGGACACCCACCCCGCAACCGAAAAUGCCUUUCUCCGCCCCUCCCACCCGCUCGUCACCGAUCUCGAACAAGAAGUCCUGGAUGAGUAUGCACGCUUGCUGGGGAAUGUAAAUAAGUUGUCGACCAGGCUAUCGGACCUUGCGGACUCUCCUACCUCGGUUACGCUAGACGGGCUCCGACAAUUAGAGAGGAAAACGGCGACUGUGUGCACGCUGCUCAAGGCUAGUGUGUACAGCAUUGUAUUGCAGCAGCAGAUUUUCAACGAGGGGGAGGAACAACAGCAGCAAGGUGGGGACGGGGAACAUGAGACUGGGACCAUGAAUGUUGGAGAUGAGGGAGGCUACGGGCAUGCGGAUAUGAGUUACCAGGAGGGGUAUUGA